AUGAAUCAAUCAACGAAUCAAAGUCAUAGACCUCAAUUUCAAACCAAACGUCCAAUAUCUAAUUUUGAAUCUUUAAAUCCAACACGAGAAGAUGAUGAUUCGAUAAUGGAUGGAUUUCAUUAUAAAUCUGGUCGUCGAUAUCAUUUUCUCGAUGGUGUAAAAUAUCCUCUACCUUGUGAUACCGAUGAAACAUAUCGUUUAAAAAUAAAUUAUUCUAUUUCAAGAUAUUGUUGGCAAGGUAAUAUUUUCUAUUCACCAUUAGAAAAUGAAUUGGCCAAAGGAGGCAUGAGAAUUUUAGAUGUCGGAUGCGGACCUGGUGGUUGGUUAUUAGAUAUGGCAACAGAAUUUCCAAACUCUACAUUCGUGGGUGUUGACAUUUCAUCUAUGAUUCCCAAAGAUCAACAACCUUCGAAUUUGGGAUUUUUGCAAUGUAACAUACAUAAUGGUUUACCAUUUCCAGACGAUACGUUCGAUUUUGUAUUUAUGUCUCAUAUGUUCACUUCUAUAACUGAAGAUCAAUGGCAAGAUGUUGUUGAUGAUUUAGUUAGAGUGGCAAAACCAGGUGGUUGGAUUGAAUUAAUGGAAGGUGACUAUCUGAAUUCUACUGGUGGUCCUGUAACUCGUGAAAUUCAAUCUCAAACAACUAUACUUAUGAGAUCAAGAGGAAUAAAUAUGAAUAUUGGUCCUACCGUUUAUAAAUAUUUUGAAAAUAUUGAGGAUCUCGAGAAUGAAAUAUUCACUGGUCAAACUACUACUCCUCUUGGUAAUGGAACUGUUGGUGAAUUGGCCUAUAAAAACUAUAAGGCUUCCCAUUUUGCAGUUCGAUUACAUGAAUACUUGGGUAUAUCAAAACAAGAACUUGAAGAUAUGUUUAAAAUUUCUCAAAAGGAAAUGGACGAUUAUAACACUGUUCUUAAUAUUCAUAGAUUUUAUGUUCAGAAAAAAAUUAGUUCUGUAAAAAGUGAGGAUUCGUG